ACAUCAACAAGGUCAACAUCAGAUAGUGAGCCGGUCUUGACAAACAGAUUAUAUAUUCAGUAUAGUGUUGUGUAUUUGAUAAAAAAGGUAAUCAAGGACUGUUGUUAUCUAAUCAUGCAAUACAGCAGACUACUAAUGAGUAAAAUUCCAUUGACAAGUAUCAUUUCAAGGUACCACAACAUGCCAAAGUUUUGCGCAAAUCUAUCUUUUAUGUUCACCGAAAAACCGUUCGAGGAACGAUACCAGUUAGCGCGCGAUGCCGGAUUUAAGGCCGUGGAGAGCGCCUUCCCGCUUGGUAUAUCAAAGGACGAUUUGGUUAACCAUAAGACUAAGGCCAAUGUUGAGCAAAUUCUCAUUAACACCUAUACAGAUACAACUAAAGGCGAAUUUGGAUAUGCGGCCGUUGUAGGACAAGGCUGGCAGUUCGACGAUAGUCUGAAACUAACAAUUGACUAUGCGAAGAGUUUAGGAGCUAAGAAAAUUCAUAUAAUGUCGGGUAAAGUCGAACAACCAACAGCAUUUAAUGACGAGAGGUGUGAAAAUAAUUUAUGGUAUGCGUCCAAGAUGCUGGAGAAGGAAAAUAUAAUUGGACUGAUAGAACCCAUAAAUAAGUAUUCAUUACCAAAUUAUUACAUGGAUUCGUACGAAAAAGCGUUGUCAUUGAUAAAAAAGGUCAACAGCCCAAAUUUAAAAUUGAUGUUGGAUAUUUUCCAUUUGCAACAAAUUCAAGGUGAUAUCACGCACACUAUUAAGGAUGUGAUCCAGCAUGUUGGCCACGUUCAAAUUGCACAAGUGCCCAAUCGUAAUGAGCCGGAUACUGCAGGAGAAAUUAAUUACCAAUACGUCUUUGAUUUGCUAGAGAGCGUUGGGUAUAAUGAUUGGAUUGGAUUAGAAUAUAAACCUUCUGCUACCACAGUGCAGGGACUGAAAUGGAUUAAAGAUUUCAACUAUACUUUAUAAAUGUAUCUAACAAAAAUAUAUAUUCUGUUUACAUUUA